AACUUCAUCAGGUCCAGAGUGGAGAGGAUGUCUGAGCGGUGGGUACAGGCUGGUGUGAGGAUGAGGCAGAGCAGCAACAGGACGGUUGCGAGGCGGGUGCUCCUUUAUCCCGGUGCCCUGGCUGGAAGUGCUGGUCAGCGUUUUGAAGCCAUGGUGGAGAGAGGGGGUCCUUUGGGCGAGCUGGUCCAAUGGGCCGACCUCAGCGCUUGUCUGACAAUCCUGGGCCACAAUGUCAAUCUCAGCACGUCACAGCGCCAACUCCACAGCCUGAUAGGUGCUGCUCCAGGCCGAGGCAGUUGUCCAAUCCAGAGGCCGCUACCCUUCGACCUCGUCUACACGGACUACCAUGGCCUCGCUCACCUUCAGGGAGCCAUGGGACUGGCCUUCCAGCAUUACCAAUGCCGCUUCAGAAUCCUGGACUCUUUUGGCACCGAACCGGCUUUUAACUUGGAGAGUUACGCAAAUAGCCAUGGAUACAAAACAUUGUGGGGCAGAUGGGGUCUCCGGCCUCUGCAGUACAUGACUAUGUUCCCUCACACUCCUGAUAACUCCUUCCUGGGCUUUGUGAGCGAGGAGGCAGUGAGGGCGGAUGUAAGAGAGGAGGAGCUGGAGCCUGAGACCUACAGGAAAGACAGGAUGGCAGUCGUCUAUGGUAAACAGGACUACAUGUGGCAGGGUAAAUCGGAGUAUGUGGAGGCAAUAAGCGAGGAGCUGGAGACCCACGCCACGGUCUACCAGCCUCCAGGUCACUCGUCUAAUCUGCCCAGCUUCAUCAGAAACCACGGCCUGCUGAGUCAGGAACACUUCCUACGACUUCUCCGCAGAGCCAAGGUGUUUGUAGGUCUUGGUUUCCCCUAUGAGGGUCCAGCUCCUAUUGAGGCAAUAGCCCUGGGCUGCAUCUUCCUUCAGCCCAAAUUUGACCCACCACACUCAUCAGACAACAAUGACUUCUACAAGGGCAAACCCACUUCAAGACAGAUCUCCUCCCAGCACCCUUAUGCUGAGGAGUUCAUUGGUCGACCUCAUGUGUGGACCGUGGACACGGCCAACAGGACCGAUGUACAGGAGGUGCUCAAAGCUAUUUUAAGCACUGAGGUGAAACCUUUCACCCCCCGAGAGUUCACCUGUGAGGGGAUGCUGGAGCGGGUUCGUGGUUAUAUCACCCACCAGGACUUCUGCAGUAAAUCUGUCCCUACGUGGCCACCGGAGAGCGCUCUGAGGAUGCACCUAGGUCCCCUGGGCCAAUCGUGUGUUAGUGUGUGUCGACGCUCCUCCCUGGUGUGUGAGCCUGCUCUGUUUCACCACCUCAACAGUCCCUCUGCGUUUACCAGGCUUGGACUAGGUUGCGCCAGCAUGGGGCAGGAAGUCAACCAUCUUUUUCCAGCCUACAACCCUUGGGGCCGACACUGUGGUCUUCAGCAGGAGCCUCUACUGUUCAGUUGUGCCGGCUCUGACCCUUCCCACCGCAGACUGUGUCCCUGCAGAGCUCACCUGCCUGGACAGGUGGCGCUGUGCCCUGACUGCAUCUAAACACUGAAAGAACUCUGGAAGUAAACACCAAAGAGCCAUCUGGAGUACAUGUUGUAUAGGUAAAGAAUUGAUCUCAACUAUAGACUGGCUGGCUGCACUAUAGGUCAUAAACCCCACCAUCUCCAUGUUAGUGGAUGGGACGUCGACCAAAAGAAAAAGUCAUAUUCAUGUGAAAUACAUUUUUCUCAAGGAUGUUUUUUGUCGUUUUAGGUAGUAGAUAUGUUUAAGUGUUCAUGUGACAGCCAGCAACCAAGAUCUCUGAUUCAAGGGCCCUGAGUUUGGCAUUGUUUGCAUUGUGGCGCAAUCUAUGCAGCACCUGGAAGUAUAGCACCUUCUCUGGCUUCCCGCUGUACCAGGAAUGAACUGCUGUCAACCAAACAGUCCUUCUCCAUAUGUGUGGGCUGGUUGCUUUGCACUGAAUGGUCAUUAACAUUUUAUUAUAGUGAUCAGGCUGCAUGCAAGUGUGAUUUUGCACCAUAAAGCCCAUUCAGACUCUGGCUACAAAUUACGUUAUUGCCGCGAGAUGAUCUUCAUGUUUUGGAAUAUUUUGGCUUCGUUUCUGGAUAGAAGGAGGAAAUGGAGGCGGGUUGUAAAUCUUUAUUUACAGUCUAUGAUCUCAACCAAAGAAAAAGCAAACUGUCCUGCCAACGCUGAAUUGUGUGGUCUUGUUGGCUUACUUAGGCUGAAGGUGAAGUAUUAGCUCAGAGUAUUUUGUCGAUAUGCACAUGAGUUGAAACUCAGCAAUUUUCAGGGCCCCACAGAAUCAUCUCAGUCAGCACCACUGACAUUUAGUCUUUUAUAACAGUUUUGAAUGCAUUACAAAACAAAUCAAGCAGAUGCUCACUUUAGCGAUUAACAAUUUUUAAAACAAUAUGAGAGAGGUUGUGCCAAGUUAUGAAAUGAGCUGAUUUUGUCCCGUUCAAUUUGUUUUGUUUUUGUAAUGACCGUCAUUACUCAGGAACCAUUGAAUGAUUAAAUCAUUUUAUAAGCAGUUGAAAUGUCAUGGGAUAAUGAAUUCAUGGCCUGGUGUUUCAUGUGUCGAAAAAACUAAAUCCCUGUGUCCUUGUCGCUUUUCCUCGAUCCCUUGAAAAAAUUAAAUGACGGCAAUGUGCUUGCAAGGGAAAUAUUGUUAAGUUGUGUUGAAAUGGAGGGAAGGGGCACCAAAGAGCUAAAAAUCUGUUCAGCUCUCAGAGUUUAACUUUUCGUCUCCUGCUCCACAUCACACAACAGCCCAGUGAAAUUCAAUGUUAUGCUGAAUAAGUAUCCAAUCAGUCAUUCGUUUACAGUAAGUGGUCAGUGUUGCAUGGGAUUAGAGCUCCUCAGCUGGUUGCAGAUAUUAGCCUGGCCCUCAGAGGAGCGAGGGUGACAGCCUAAAUGAUGAGGCUCAUUAUCUGAGUGAAUCAUGGAUAACCUUUGAAGGCCUCCGGGAGGUCACAGCCAUAAGACGAUGAUUAUAUUGUCAUAUACAGCAAUAGUUCCCAACCGUCUUCGACUUAGGAAAACCCCUCAGCUCUGUUUAAAUCUGCCAGUAAAGGCAGACCUCAUUGUUUGUCUUUUAAACACAUAUUUUGCAUCAUUUAAACUUGAGGAAAAAAAGUCACUGAGGGCAGGAUUAAUUAUGUUUUCUUAACUUAUUAUUUUUUUUACCAGAAAUUACAUUUAAAAAAGAUUUUGAUCAUAAACGAUGACUCAUUUUUGCCCAUGCAUUACCUUCAAAAUUAUUCCCUCACUGCUUCAUGACUUUGAGAUUUGUAGAGCCCCCAUGACAUUUGCACCCCAGGUUGAUAUGAUGGAAACUUUACAGUGAUUUGGAGACGUUUUACACUUUGUCAUGUCAGAAGCCUCAAAAGGUUACGCAGACUUUCCUCAUCAUCUAUCCCUGCAAACAGCUUGUGAAAGAUACAAAUGAUAACAUCUAAAGGCCAAACCACAUCCCACAAUCAGUGAUGUAAGUGCUGCACUUAUACAGCACAGCUGUUAGCAAAGAUGGCUCCAGCAAAGUCAAUGAGCUGCUUAAAAAAAAUGUGCUCGAUGUGGAACUGGAUCGAUGUGAGGUUUUUCUUGGAAACGACACACACACAUGAAUGUUAAUUGGCAGAAAAAAGGUCUUUCUGCUCCGAUACGCUCCAUGAGACCACAACGUUAUUGUCACUCAGGGAUCAGACUGCUCAGGGCUGCGACAACAGAACUGCUCGACAAAGUGAUCGACGACUAAAUGAUCCAUGAAAACAACUUUGAAUUUUGAUCAUGAAUGUGUUUGUUUUUAGAUGUGACUUUUGCUUCAUUAGGUGAACAGUCCAAAGAUGAUGUAAAAUUAAUUUGUGU